UGGUUGAAUUAUAAUUAAUUUUUAAUUAUAAUGGACCCCAUUGACACCAAGGACGUAAUGACAGACGGUACCACUCUGGUCAGCCUCGUCUAUGAUGGAGGCGUCAUGCUCGGAUGUGACGGAAAGUCAGCAUCAGCCGUCCUGAUUGGUAACAGGAUGUCAGAUAAGUUAGAGCCUCUUCAUGAACAUAUUUAUUGUCAGAGAACAGGUGUCUCAGCACAUACUGAGGCAGUUGCUAGAUAUGCAAGAUACUUCCUAGAUUCUCACUGAGCUGAAACUGGAGAUCUUCCAUUAGUCGAAACUGCUGCUUCUAUUAUCCAGAAAAUUUUCUACGAAAAUGGAAAAUAUUUACGUGGAUCAAUGCUUGUAGGAGGAUGGGAUCCUGUCGAAGGUCCACAAUUAUUCGAUGUUAAUAAAGGUGCCAAAAUUUCAAAGAAAAUAGCAUGGAACGGAAGUGGUUCCUUCGUCAUUAUAGGUUAUCUUGACAAGAAUUUCAAGGAAAAUAUGUCUAAAGCAGAAGCAUUUGAGUUUAUUAAGGAAGCAAUCUCCCUUGCUACUUACAGAGAUGGAAGUUCUGGAGGAUCAAUCAGAAUUGUUGAUAUUACCAAGGAUGGCAGAAAGAGGCACUAUAUCCCACAUAAUGAGAAAGAAAUUAAGUAAUUUACUGAGCUUUGAGUUAACUGUUGUAGCAAAGAUCAAUAUU